UGUUUCAACAUGGCGGCGGCUACAAAAAGUGGAAAUUCGGGGAUAUUUUGGAUGAAUGACGUGUCAGAUGAUGAACAGCCUUUGGUGUUUGUUCCAGGAGUGGAAGGAGAGGGGAAGACUCAGACCCCUUUCAGUUUUGGAUCAGGCAGCACCAGUAGCAAAAGAGGUACCAGGAUGCGAGCCAGGCGUAGCUAUGACUGCAAUAAGGAGACCACACUAAAGAAAUGUGGCAAGAAACAGGGCCACGCACAAAGCGAGCAGUCUGGGAUUCACACCAAGGAAAAAGUGUCGGCCCAUCACAGUGCGACUGCAGUUUCAGAGCAUGCACUCUCUCCAGCCUUGGGUACUUUUCUCCCCUCAACACAGGUAGUCUCUGAGGCCAGCAGAGAUAAGAGCCAGGUGUGUUUGAAAGACCUCUGUCCUGAAGAUAAGCGCCGGAUUGCAAACCUUAUUGAAGAACUAGCCAGAGUGAGCGAGGAGAAAGAAGAGUCAGUGCAGCGUCUGAAAGACGAACAGGAACAUUUUGAGUGCAAGAUCCAGAAGCUGGAGCAACAGAACGUGAUCAUUGUGCGGGAGAGGGAGAGCCUGCAGCAGCAGUACAGAGAGUGCCAGGAGCUGCUUGGACUAUACCAACAAUACCUUUCUCAGCAACAGGCCAAACUUAACCAGUCCAUUUCCCAGCUCAGCCAGGCACCUGCCCACAGCAGGGUGCUCGGCAGCGAGGAAGCCCCCAGCAGAACAUCUACUAGCAGAGCUAAUGGCUCACUCUUUGAUGGCUCAUACCUCAGCCUGGCUGCUACUCGAGCACAACAGCCUCAAGUGCACAGUAGUGGUGGUGGAGGAGGAGGAAGAGGAGCAAUACAAACCCUUAGCAAUCAUGCCUCUCUUUCCUGUGAUAGUGAGUUCAGUCCAACUGAUGGGCCGAUCAAACAGCAUAGCAUUCAGAAAAGGGAGUGCAGGGAGUCCCACCACAGAUGGAAGCCCUGCCUGGGCAGCGGUCAAGGCGGCGGCUCAGGCAUGGAGAAUGGCCACCAUGACACCUUUAACCGGCAUGAGUGCGAAAGGCUCCACGGUAGGAGUGCCAAUGGCUCAGAGGCCAAUGAAGCCCUGACCAGGCCUCUGCUGGGUCACGAGGACUGGGAGGAGAAAAGGCACCAACUGCUGCUGCAGAAGAUGCAGUUGGAGACGGAGAGGGAGAGGCUGCACGCGCGGCUGGCUGAGCAGGAGGAGAGGCUCAACAGGCAGAAUCAGGAGCUGCGUCAGUCGCGUCUCGAUUACAGCAGGUUUCAACAAGCGGCUCAGUCUGAUCUCGGCAGCUCAAGCACUAGAAAUGGAGACCCACAGGCGGCGAAUGCGUCCCACCAAGAUUUACCCCCCAGUGUGUGUGAAGAUGCAGAGGUACAUCCUGCAGGACAGAGUUUGCGUGGAAAACGGUCACAAACUGCACCUGCUCCUCUGGAGACUGGCGCUGAGGCCUUAGAGCGGUCCAGACAGGACGCGGCCACAUCUCCUGCUAAGUCCAGCCCGAGUAAGCCCACCUCAGUAUCUGUGAUCCAAAAGACCCCUGAGGCCAGGUUGGACUUUUCUCUGGUUGAGUUAUUGGAUGUCUUUAGUCCCGUCUCUGCCGCUGAACUGAGCAAGCAGUCGUCUCGAAGACCCAAAACGUCACAACGUACGCUCAUUGCCCCCAAACCAGGGGGCAGAACCCUGCUUACCCCUGCUGGGUCUCAUCCUCAGAGUACCCAGCAGGACCUGGAAGAAAGCCAAAUACUGGAGGAUAUUUUCUUCAUUUGCUGACACAGAAGAAAAUGUGUCCAGUUGCUUCAUAUCCACCUGUUUGUUCUUGACGUUCUAAUACAGAAUAAUUAUGAUAUUGUAGAUUGUACUCUUGCUAUACUGUGGUUUUAAUACAAAUAAACAAAUAUUUUUUCAGAAUUGGUUUUGCUUCUAGUUGGGUGUUAUGUUGUCACUGCAGGAAAACUGUUUCCCAUUGAGCUACGCAGGUUGUCCCUGAGGACAAUGCCAGCAAUAAUACACCCUAUACACAAUUGUACAUUGAGAAUUUGUGGGUGUGAUUAUUAUGACUAAAAUCAAUUAUCCUUAAAUGAUGAAAAUCUGGAUAACCAAAAUCUGGAUAAUGACAUGUUCAUAUCCAACGCCAGACAAAUGGACCGAAUCAUCACCUCCUUUUUAUGGGGAAUAACGGUGACGUUCGUUUCUCAUAUUGAUAAGUUAUCAGUAAUUAUGACACGACACAAUACACUUUAUUCUAGACUGUGCUUUAUUAUUGGGCUAAGCUGAGACGCAUCAUUCAUUUAAAAUUACAAAAAAAGAGUUCAAGGGACCAGAGAAUUGUCUGGAGAGACAGGGGCGGGAGCCUAAAGCGCACUGCCCAAUUGGAAGCUUAGCUCAUCAGGAAACCCGGCAAAGCUUAAUAUGCAACAUUCAUUUCCCCACCCUCCGUAUGUGCUGAAAUUGGGAAAUAGAUUUCCAGAAUACUUUGAAAACCAUAUGAAGGAAAAUGUGAUUCUAGCAACACUUGGCUCUAGAAAUAAAACCACUGCUAACGGCAUUAAGAAGAAUGAUAGUAACUCAAUUUCUUUCGAUGAGAUAGUGCAGUUUUCAUUGAAUUGUGCUCUCGGUAGAACACAUCAGUUGAACAAGAUCAGAGCUCUGUCAAACAAUACAAAGCAAGAUGGGGAAAAGGGGAAUGAAGUUUUAAGAAUCAAAACUGAUGCUUUAUGCAGGCAGUCAAUCGGUGAUUAGUAAUUGGUCAGACAUUGGCUCCUUACACAUUAGCAGCACUUUAAAGUGACCUCAAGGCAUUUCUUCUUGUGUGUUACAUAUCUGAUUGAACAGUUGGUUUAUG